AUGGCUUUAACAUAUAUAAAUAUAGCACUGGCAUUCACAGUAUCAUUACUAGGCCUACUAAUAUACCGAUCCCACCUAAUAUCUUCACUUCUAUGCCUAGAAGGCAUGAUGUUAUCCCUAUUCGUAACCAUGGCAUUAACAAUUCUUAACUCUAACUUAGUAUUAGCCAGCAUAAUUCCUAUUAUCCUACUAGUCUUCGCGGCCUGCGAAGCGGCCCUAGGGCUAUCCCUACUAGUAAUAGUCUCUAACACAUACGGUGUAGACUAUGUACAAAACCUAAACCUACUACAAUGCUAA